AACAAUUGGGUCUUUAAGCACUAAAAUUAUCUUAUUAUUUCUGUAUCAAUAAUUAGUCUUGAAACACUCAAAUGAACUCAUUUCUAGUCAACAAAAUUUAGAUUAUCUCUAGCGAGGCCUUCUUGAUCUAUAUCACGCCUAUAAACACUAAGAUGAUCUCGUUUCUUCAGCCACAUCUAGUCUAUAAACACUAUCACACCAACAACCAUCUCUGUUAGCCCAGGAUAUUUAUUACAUGUUCAAAUCUACUCCGAGUUUUUGAAACUAGCUUCCGAAUGUUCUCCCUUUACUUCCUCCAGUCACUUAGAGGCUGAGAUAAUGGCCAGUGCGAGCUAAGCGCGUGUUCAGUUAUCUCCACCCCCCACCCCACCUUUCCUGUCCACUAUUGUGGCGCUGGCUACUGCCGCCUUUCAACUCCCUUUUUUCUUCUUCUUCUCCUUUUAAUCUUUUCUUAUACUCUGACCAAUUCGUAAAACCUACGACUAGCGGAAAAUUAUUUCCAGAAUAUCUGAUUUAAACAAAAAAAGUUUAACAAUUCUCGUAGGAAUAAACAUAAUUUAUAUGUAACAUACUGUGUUUGUCACACCAAAAGUAAUUAGUUUUCACCUCGACGUCAUGAUUUCAUGAAGGAUUAUAACGUUAGUAGGUCUACUGGAACUCUGUGACUAUUGAAGUAACUUGCAGUAUGUCUAGAAUCUAGUUAAUCGAAAUCCCUGCACCGUGUCAUCGGUUAUGGUCUCAUGGAAGCAUUGUUUUUUUUUUUUAAAGUUUGAUCGCUUCUUGUAAGUUGUUGUUGACCAAUGAGUUGUGCUUUUAAGUUCACACUUGUUCCUAAGUCGUUGUUUAUUAUUUAAGGUAGAGCCAGGUUUUUUUGGAACAUGCCUCGGAUGUUUAUUUAAGCUGUCUUGAAGUUAGAGCUACAUGGGCUAACACUACGAAGUCUACAUUCAUGACAGAUUUGCUUUUUGGAAUCAGUUGAGUUGAAGGUCACCCGAUGGUGGGAAGUCAUCUAUGGUUACCAUUUCUAUUCGGUGGUGGUCAUUCAGAAGGACGAACUACGGACCCGGACCAAGAGGACACAGAGCAUGCUGAAACCUUUCCUGUUGCUCGCUAUCUUCUGGCUUAUACUUCGAGGCGUCCAUCUCGUUCUUGGAUUUUCUUCUGACGAGAUGGUCAAACUACGCAACGACUUACUGACCAGCUACAGUGUAGGAGUACUGCCCAUCAAGAACCAGAGCAAGUCCAUCGCAGUCAACAUGUCCUUCUUCCUGAUAAUGAUACACAAUUUGAACAUGAAAAAUCAAGUGCUAACGGCCAGUGGAUGGCUCAAGUUUGAAUGGUGUGACGAGUUUCUCCAGUGGAGCCCAGCUGAUUAUGGAGGCAUUGACGAGCUGAUCCUCUUUCAAAAGGAUGUCUGGCUUCCUGACAUAUUUGUGGAAAACACAGCCCAACACUACCGUGAGCUUGGUAACAGCCAGAUGUUGAUCAGUGUCCGGCACACGGGCAUGGUCCACUGGGAGCCGGGCAUCAUCACGGAGACCAGCUGCGCCGUCAACAUCGGCAAAUACCCCUUCGACACCCAGGUGUGCGACGUGAGAUUCCUUACCUGGAUGCACACGAACAAGACUUUGACAGUUGAGCCUGAAAUAGACACCAUAAACCUGGACGCCUUACUUCCAAAUGGAGAAUGGGAUAUUACCAAAACUGAAGCUAAAGAUUACAGAUAUCCUUCUACCUACAGGGCUGGCACUGACCACACGGGAGUGACUUUUGUUGUCCAUCUCAGGAGGAAACGUUUUUUCUACGUUCUGAAUACAAUCAUUCCAGUGGUCAUGCUGUCCUGUCUGAAUGUCCUGGUCUUCAUCUUGCCCUCGGACUGCGGGGAGCGGAUGGCACUAGCGGUCACCGUGCUUCUGGCCUUUACCGUUUACCUGGGGAUUAUCAGCGACAACAUUCCAAAGACUUCCGAGAGCCUGUCUUUACUGGCCAUCUACCUGACUAGUCUCCUGGCCCUGAGCACAGCUUCUGUUGUAUGUGCUGGCAUUGUUCUCAACAUCCACUACAGAGAUCCUGCCCACCCUGUCCCAAACAUCCUCAUCUGGAUGUUCUCCUCAGUCAACCAGAGCAAGACCAAGGUCGUCUGUAACCUGACAUGUCAAAGGGCAUCGAUCUCGCAUUUGGACAGAAGACCCGCUUUCUGGGAUCAAAGAAGGCCCUCCAUAAAAGCAAGACGUCUAACAUUGCGAGAACACAGAAACAGCAGAGAAAGUCACCUGACUGAUACAACGGAUGAUAAGGAAGAUACAACUGUUGAAAUUGAGAAGCCACUAGGUGGAGUGCAGAGGUCAAAUCAUGGGUCACGUAGCUAUGGCAACCGAUCUUUUAGGUCGGGAGGCAACAAGGAUUCCAGCGACGCAGAGGUGACAAACGAGGGUCCGAACAACAACGCUAAGGAGGAGUUGGCCGCUGAGGUCACUUGGGAGGCUGGCUCUAGGUACCUCGGCCGCCCUUACAGGGAGCCGCACCCCAACUCCAGCCACAGCACAAGAAAGGCAUACGUCUCUCGUGAGGAGCACCCUGUCUUGGAGCGGGCUUCGAACCACGCUCGGGCCACCUCCGCUGAGAGCUAUGAGCUCAGCCGCCAGACCAGGCAGACGACAUACCUGCACGACGGCUACAACAACCUGCCCGGCGACUCUCAGGAGAUACUUCGUCCAAUGGUCGAUCCACAGAAGACUGACCAAGAGGUGACUUGGCACGACAUCGGAAACUCCCUUGACCGUUGGCUAUUCUGGAUAUUCUUCUUGGUCACCAACACAGUCACUGUGGUCAUUUUGGUACUGUUUAUCAGAAACGACACAGAGCUUGAUCUAUCAGUGUGAUGAAGGCUAAAUACUGAACCGAUUCUUAGUUGUCAACAGCUCAAACUUCUUAAAAUGGCACUAAAACAUCAUGCCAAACUGGAUCGUUUUGUGCUAGAAAUUAAUGCCGCCAUAAUAUUCUUUCUCACUAAUUAAUGUCUAAAUGGGAAUGAUCCGUCAGUGAGUGCUAUUGAAAGGUGAUAAAUGCUGCUUUACUCUCAACUGUUUAAAAAAAUGCUAGACCUUCUGCAUUCUGUACUUUAAAAAACAGCUACAUCUUAGUUCGUUCAUGGCUCAUAUUAUAUACAUCAGUGCUGCCAAACUUUGAUUGAUUUCGGUUAAAAACAAAUAUGCCAAAUAUGCUAAACCUUUAGCUAUGAUGCCAAGGUGGACUCUGUACUGACAUCUUCACUUGUAACUUACAAAAAGGACUACGACUUAGCUUUCUGUUUUGUUUGAUAGUUAAAAAGUGCUACUAGUUUGGCCACUUUUUAAACUAUCUGAUGAUGCCAUACACGAUAUUUUUGUGCUAGAAAUGGCUGACUAGCUUGUGCUAAAGACCAGUAGAGAGAAAGCUCAAAUUCACCGGAGAGGCAUAAAACAAUGACUUGAUCACUAAGGCGUGACACUAUGGUGUUUUAAACUGAUAAGGACUGUUCGCAUUUCUAGCUUGAACGCUAUUAAAAUAUCGUAAAUUUAUUUGAUCUGCUUGAUCAUCGAAAAGAAAUAUUUUGCUAUUUUUAUCAUGUCAUGACAUCUGUUUAUAUAUCACCACCUAUAUGUAUUCGUUGGUGUCUCUAAGACCACACAGGGGCGCCGUUUAAAAUGUUGUCUUUGGAAUAAUGUUAUUCUCAUCCAUAGCCUGUCCCCAGAUCUUAACCAUUGAAGCUAAAAAAAAUAAGCCUAUGCAUUCCCCCCUUCUCCCAUCACUUUAAAAUUAACAAAUUAUGAAAUAAAAAAAGUUAUGUUUAAUUCACUAGAAUGACUUUGAAGAACAAAGUUCACUAACCAGUAAGUUUGUGUAUUUCAAGUCUUGUUUUUUAUGUUUCUCAAGCAGCCAUAGAAGUAAAUAUUUGGAUUUGUUUUGGCAGAAGAUUCGUAUGUAUUCUUUUCUCUUCCUAGUUGUUCAGACCCAGGUCACUUACUGUCUCAUUACCCUCUUAUAUCAUUCAUGCAAAAAUAAAAUAGUUUCAUGUUUUGGUUA